AUGGCCGACGUGGAAGACUGUGAGGACCCCUGCGCCCUGUCCUCUCACUCCGGGAGCGCAGGAUCCAAGUCGGGAGGCGACAAAAUGUUCUCUCUCAAGAAGUGGAACGCGGUGUCCAUGUGGAGCUGGGACCUGGAGUGCGAUACGUGCGCCAUCUGUCGGGUCCAGAGGAUUGUGUUGUGGUCUGGGGAGAAUGCCAUCGUUCCGUCCUGCUGCAUGUCCCUGUCGGUGAAACAGAACAAUUGCUGCCCUCUCUGCCAGCAGGACUGGGUGGUCCAGAGAAUUGGCAAAUGA